CUGUCGGGGAGGCGGAUCGUUGUGUCCAAUGUUUCUCCACAGAGCUGACUUGAACCUUUCUCCUCGAACAAAACGAGUCCCUCUGAGAUAGCUGAGAGUCGGUUUUGCUCUCCCAGAGAGGAGCUGGAGGUGCACUGGGGGGGAGCGUAAUAAUGAUCAACACCAUGGAAUGCGCAGUGGACGCGCAAAGCCUCAUCUCCAUUUCCUUAAUGAAGAUCCACAACUCCAGGACGCAGAGAGGGGGGAUCAAGCUGCACAAAAACCUGCUGGUCUCCUAUGUGCUGAGGAACGCCAGGCAGGUCUACAUCAAGGAGAAAUACGCGGAGAUCUACAGGAUGCAGCAGUAUGAGGAGGUGAUGACGGUCUGCAACGAGAUCCAGGAGCUCAACCCGCUGGAGCUGGACGCGGAGGACGCCGACGACGAGGAGCAGGCGCGGGCUGCUUGCUGCGGCGAAGAGGCGAGUCUGUGCGGCACUGCGUGCCACCGAGACGCGGCGCAGCAGCCAGCGGCGCACGGCCGGGCAGAGAGCGCGCUCCACGGCUGUUCUCCCCUCGAGGACGACCACAAGGAACCGGAGCCCUCCUAUUACCGGAGCUGCUGCAUGGAAGCUUCCCCUGUGUCACACUGUGACCAGUUUCCCGCAAACAGCAGCGCGCACUGCAACAAAACCACAGUGCUGGACUUGGACACGCAUGUGGUGACCACGGUGGAGAACGGUUAUCUCCACCAGGACUGCUGCUGUGACGCGCUCCAGUGCGGACAGAGCGCGCAGUCCCCGGCCAAGAAACGGAAGGUGGAGUUCGGUUGUUGUAUAUCCGACGUUGAAGAAGUCUCGGAUUUUACAGCGGCUCGCAAAAGGGCGAAGCGCGAGGACUGUUCGUACUCCAGCCCGGACUACACGGACACUUCCAACAUCUCCAACCUGAUCUCCAUCUUCGGCUCGGGGUUUUCAGGGCUGCUGAGCAGACAGGCGGACUUGGAACAGAUCUGUAGCAAACAGGUCUUGGCCAGUCUGGGGGCAUGGACCCGGGCGAUUGUGGCAUUUUGAAUCAAACACUUUAUUUUAGGGGGGACCGGGGUCAGUUGUGAUAUGUUUUCUUUCCCACAAAGUCGGUUAUUAGUGAACAAAAGCCAGUGGAGAACUGUUUUCUACUGCCUGCUUGGGAACAUUUUUCUAAGCUGAGGAGAAUGUUCCUGUUAAGAAGAGAACCGUUCCCACACUGUUCUCUACAUUUCAUGUAAAAGAUGUCAUUUGUGGAACUUUACUCGCACACAUUUUUCAAAUGCAAGAAACGGUGAACACCUUUGUCACCACCUGUUUGGUAAUUUGACUUAUCACACAGAACAUGUGCAACUGUUGUAACCAUCUUAACUUCAUUGUGAACUGUUUGAUUUUCAACACUGACAUGGAAAAAUCUGUUUUAGAAUUUAUUACAACUGACCCCUCAGUGUCAAAUACCAUGUACUACAACCACAACUCAGAUAUCAUAGGCUGACAUACGAACUAAACUGGCUAUUCAUGGUAAACAUACAAAAAGUAUCAAGAAUUAUACCUCAAAGCACACGUGUUAUAAAACAUAUUCAAUGUGGUUCAUGGUGUACCAAGUGACAUCACUCAUACUCAUUUCUGAUUGGAGGAAAUAGAGGCAUUGCAACUGAACCUGGUCUCCCCUACAAGGUCUAAAUCAACUUUAUUUUUGCAGGAAAAAAGAAAAGCUAUUUAAAUGUCAGCAGUCUGGGCAGGGAGAGGAAGGAGUUUGUGCCAUAUGUAUCAUGUACAGGCUGUCCUGUUUUCACAAUGGGAGACACAUGUCUGCAGAUUACACUUUUGUGACUGAUGAAAUGGAUUGACUUCCGUUGCCUUAAAUCCAACGCACACUACUGCUAGCUAUUGUCAUGAUCUGAAAGUGACUGAAUGUCUCUCCUGUCCCCGGGCCAAUGAGCCUCGCACAUUCUGAGCAGUUUGUUGUUACGUGAAAACCCGACAUUCAAGACUCCCUCCAAAACACUUAGAGGUACAUGGACUGAAGCAGCUCAUAUCACUUAAUGGAGUGCCAACACUUUAAAGUUCUGUUACAUUUUCGGGGCUCACUUCACCUCCACUCCCAGUGUGUGAUAGUAAACAGUCCGGGUUCGUUUUUUUUCUUUUUCUUUUUGGGCAGUUUGACUUCCUCUCUUAAUCAUGCAUCAAAGCUUUUCACAGCAAUUCAUAAUUCCAACGUGUCUUGGUUUUGUGAGUUUGACUUUGUUUUGUAAAAGAAUGAUCUUAGUCCUUUUGUUUUAAAAAGGCAAACUCAUGAUUCAGCCAUAACCCGGGAAUCCACGCAUUAGCUUUAUGAGCACUAUGUGUACCAAAAUAAAGAGAGUAUUCAGCCAUUCUCUACAUAUUUUGUUGUUAUUCUUGUAUUUUUGUGCUUACUAAAUUGUAUAUCACCGGGUAAAACUGUUCCAGAAAAUAUUUGUUAAAAAUUUAUAAUCUUAAUAAAAAAUGAAAACC